GCGUGAAGCACCACCUACUUCGGUGUUUUGGCAGCUGUUUCAGAGUCUCCACCAAUCAGCUGAAAGCAGAGCCCAUGCACCACCCCUUCACCCUGUAGGGCGGUCUGUCUGCCAUCAAUCUCAUUUAGGCCAAUCUGUGUGAACCAGCCGACCUCCCCCCACCACCCAAAACACACCCGCCCCAACCUUGACACUUGCGCACUUGGCUAGCAGUCCUCCUUGACCCAAUCAGCGUGAAGCAUCAGCGCCGCCCAAAGCCUCUCUAAAGUCUAUGGGCCACCCACAGUCCAUCAGUCCCCUUUAGGCCAAUCACGUCACAGCUCGGUUAGGAUUCCACCACCACAAGGCCCCCAAAUUGUGCCUUUGAUCCUUGGUAUUUUGUCCAAUCAGCAAGCAGCAGGACGCUGGGCUCCUCCCACGAGGACCCACGUGAGCAGGGAACCGCAGGGGAGGCUUCUGGGUGCUGCUGCAGCCGCGGCUGCUACCGCGGCUGAAGCCUUGGAACCCGGGCCUGGGGGGCGGUGGGGCCUCGUAUGGAGCCCCCGCCCCCCGGAGCUGCCACUGCCACCGCCACUACCGCGCCACACGCAGGUACCCCUGGGAUGGCGUGAGCACUUCCCUAGUGAUGGACCCAUCUGUGACACUGUGGCAGUUUCUGCUGCAGCUUUUGAGAGAACAAGGUAAUGGCCACAUCAUCUCCUGGACCUCAAGGGAUGGUGGUGAGUUCAAGUUGGUGGAUGCAGAGGAGGUGGCCCGGCUAUGGGGACUACGAAAGAACAAGACCAACAUGAAUUAUGACAAGCUUAGCCGGGCCUUGCGGUACUACUAUGACAAGAAUAUCAUUCGCAAGGUGAGCGGCCAGAAGUUUGUCUACAAGUUUGUGUCCUAUCCAGAGAUUGCAGGGUGCUCCACUGAAGACUGCCCACCCCAGCCUGAGGUGUCUGUAACUCCGGCUGUAGCAAUGGCUCCUGCUGCUGUCCAUGCAGGCCCAGGGGACACUGCUACUGGAAAGCCAGGAACACCCAAGGGUGCAGGAAUGGCAGGCCAAGGUGGCUUAGCACGCAGCAGCCGGAACGAAUACAUGCGCUCGGGCCUCUAUUCCACCUUCACAAUCCAGUCCUUGCAGCCACAGCCACCCCUUCAUCCUCGGCCUGCCUCAGUGCUCUCCAACACUACCCCUGCAGGAGUACCAGCACCCACCUCAGGGAGCAGGAGCACCAGUCCAAACCCCUUAGAAGCCUGCUUGGAGGCAGAAGAGGCUGGUCUGCCCCUGCAGGUUAUCCUGACCCCACCCGAGGCCCCAAACCAUAAAGCUGAAGAAUUGAGUCUGAAGCCAGGUUUUGGCCAUUCACUGCCCCCAGAAGUGAAAGUGGAGGGGCCUAAGGAAGAGUUGGAAGCUGCAGGGGAUGGAGGCUUCAGUCCAGAGGCUGUCAAAGCUGAAUCAGAAGUCUCACACUCAGAAGGCCUGCUGGCUCGGCUCCCAGCUGUCGUAUCUGAGAAUACAGCACAGGUUUGUGGCCUCUCCACCUCUACCACUGAGAUCACCCAACCUCAGAAGAGCCGGAAGCCCCGAGACCUGGAACUUCCACUUAGCCCAAGCCUGCUGGGUGGUCUGGGACCCGAACGGACUCCAGGAUCAGGAACAGGUUCUGGUCUUCAGGCACCAGGGCCAGCGCUGACACCAUCCCUGCUACCCACACAUACCUUGACCCCGGUGCUGCUGACACCCAGCUCACUGCCCCCCAGCAUUCAUUUCUGGAGCACUCUGAGUCCAAUUGCACCCCGUAGUCCGGCCAAACUCUCCUUCCAGUUUCCAUCCAGUGGCAGCACACAGGUGCACAUCCCUUCCAUCAGCGUAGAUGGCCUCUCGACCCCAGUGGUGCUCUCCCCAGGGCCCCAGAAGCCAUGACUACCACCACCACCCCUUUCUGGAGUCCCUCCAUCCAUGCUCCUGAACCCUCCAGCUAGCCAUCUCAAGGAGAAACAAUUUAACCGACAGACUCAUGCUCUGGUUGUAGAGGUGUGGAUAUUCUUGGGAAAGAGGAUCUUUCACUAACUCCUCCACCCAAAACAGACAACUUCUUUCUUCUUUGCCAGCCUCCCAAGUGGCCGCCCUUACACGUCUCCUACUUCAAUUGUGGGACGGUUUAUUUAUUUAUUUUUUGAAGGCCACUGGGAAGAAUCUGGCCCAACCUUUUUUAGGAGAGUGGGUAAGACAUCUCCCCUAUUUUUUCCCAUUUUUUUUUUCCCUAAAACAAGACAAUCAGGGUAUGGCUUGAGAAGGACGUUUCUUUAUUUAUUUCUCAGCCUGCCCUUGGGGAGUUAAGGGGGCCCUGUCUUCACUUUGAGGCAUGGAUUGAAGAGCUAGUUUGUUUUGUUUUAUUAUUCCUGGCCGUAUCUGAGUCCAGGGAGCACUUGUACGAUUUAACGGUUUGGGAGUGGUAGCUAGGGACGAAUCACACUGUUAAAAUGGAAAUCGCUACCUCCCCAACCUUCUCAGUCAGCUUGUUCUUUUCUCAAGUAACCUUUUGGCCAGGGAGGAAUAUUCCUUUUAUUGUUCUUCCCCCUGAGAAGCCAUUCCUUUGUCUGCCAAAUUUCCUGGGGCCCUGCCUGUUACCUUCUAAUGGAGGAUUUUUUUUGGGGGGGUCCCCGUCUGGGGGGCCCCUCAAGCUGGUACUCCAGGUCUUUCUGUCUCCUAUCCCCUUCCAUUUUGAUAGUAUAAUCUAUUUUUAAAUGGGGCUUUUCAAUAGGGGAGAGGGAAACAUCUCUUCCUGUAUCUGAUGGGUGGGUAGGUGGGUGGGUAGAAAGUAAGGGAUUUGGAGGCAGUCUUCCUGCCACCCACAAGUGUUUAUUUUUGAUAUCAAACGUGUAUUUUCAGCUCCCUCCCUCCCAGCCCCCCAAAUUCCUGCGGGCGGGUACAAAGGACCCUUUUAAGUGUCCAUGGAGUUGGGAGGGAGGAAUGUGGGACAUGAAGCCUGUCUUGUAUCAAUUCUUGGCUGGAGGGGAUAAAUCAAAAGACUCCUAAGCUCACCUCCUAUCAGCACUGGCCAAGACCAGGCCUGAAGACCUGGGGGUUGGUGAUUUGGGGGACGGUGCUACACUCGUCUCCGCUGUUUGUUUUGCUUCCCCCAAAUGGACCUUUUUUUUCCCUAAGAGUCCCAGAUAAUGGGGAAUUGUUCUUGUAAAUAUAUAUUUUUAAAGGUGUUGCUGAAAGCUGUUGGUUUUUUUUCUCCUAGUGUCACCAGAAUGAGCUAUGAUAGGCAUGAAUGUAUGUAAGAACAAUAAGGGUGAGGCAGAGAUUUACUGUAAGAGAAGCAGAAUGAUGGCAUAUGUCAGACUGCUGAUUGGGUAAACCAGUGUGGUUAGAGAAAUUGAAAGGUUAUAGGUUUGUACGCAUCAGGCCAGAAGUGUGACCAUAAACAUUUUUGCACAUAUGUAUGCAUGGUCUUGUGUAUGGAGGCUGGACAACAAACCUUGGGUGUUAUCCAUUGGUACACUGUCCCUAUCCUUUGAGACAGAGAGUCUCACAUUUGCCUAGACUUUACCAGUUGGAAUACGUUGGCUGUCCAUCAAGCCUUAAGGAUCCACCUGGCCCUACCUCCCAGUUCUGGGAUUACAUGUGCUCUAUGCCUGAAAUUUUUACCUGCAUUCUGGGGAUCAAACAUAUGUCCUCAUACUUACAAAGCAAGUGUUUUAUUGACUGGGCCAUUCCUCCAGUCCCAACUACAACCUUUUGACAUUGUGUCUGUGGGAGAGAUGCUAUAUAAAAGCCGGGUAUAGUAUCACAUCUAUAGUACCAGCAGAAGCUGAGGAAAAAGGCUUAUGAAUUUGAGAGCAGCCUAGGCUCCACAGCAAGGCCCUGUCUGUCUCAAAACAAAAACUUGCAAUGAUAUAUAUACAACAUGCUGUUUAUGAGUAUAGUGGGGACUGUAAAUUAGUCACUGUCAGGCUGAUAGCAUGGACAAACUGAGUGGCCAAAACUCUAUGUGAAAUACUGUGUGGGUGGGAAGCCAGUGAAGAUUGUCAAGGAUCAUCAUUUAUAGAUGAGAAAUCUUGCUGUUUAGUAGCAGGCAACCCUCACCAUUUGAGAAUGGUUUGUAUGUGAAAUCAAGUCAUGAAAGUGUAUGUGUUGAUUAUGAGCUGAAUGAUGGUGCGUGCCUUUAAUCACAACAUUUGGGAGGUAGAAACAAGCAGAUCUCAGAUUUCGGGACCAGCCUGGUCUGCAGAGUGAGUUCUAGGAUAACCAGGCUACACAGAGAAACCUAGUCUUGAAAAAAACAAAAACAAAAAGAAGUUGACUUUGUGAGAGAAAAUGAUCAUGAAGCCCAAAAAGUGACUGAUAAGAUACAAGGUAUGAAACUAUGUGUAUUAAAUGUUUCAUAGAAACUAUGGGAAAGACGGAAAAAUGUGUUGCCUGUGGUUUCUAAGGUCAAAAAGGCACGUGUGUGUGUGUGUGUGUGUGUGUGUGUGUGUGUGUGUGUGUGUAGGAGAAAGAGACUAAAUAUGUUACCCUGUGACUAGUGGGUAGCAUGCUACUUUGCAACUAGCAAUUGCAGCUUCUGGUGAGACUAAGGAGCUAAAACAUAAACCUAUAUUUGAGGAGAAAAGGAGGACUGUUCACGUGGGACCAGCAGUAGCAAAGACUCACAGUCAGAAGUUGUGAGAAAGAAACUUGACAACAAAUGGUGUUUGAGAGGUAUGUUAGUCUGUGAAAUCUUUUAAAAAAGCUGAAUCAAACCACAUGUAUGAGAAACAAAACAAGACUAAGCCAAUGAACUACUUAAUAUAUGACCAUGAUCAGGGUAUGUGAGAAACUUGGUAGCUAUUAAAUGUACAAAUGUAUCCAUUGUAGCUGACUGUAAGAGGAAAAUGAUGGUGUGUUUGUUUGACCAGGGCGUGGGAGACUGACAUGAGGAGGCUUAAUGAAAGCCUUGUAGUAUAGCAUAAGGAGACUGAGGAACUGAUGGUAAAACUGAAUGGGUGGGUGAGCCAUUCAGUUAUAUACAGUGUCUAAGAAGCUGUACACAUGUAAAAUUCUUUACUAGGCAUGGUGGCUCACACUUCCCAGUCUGGCUUUCAGGAGGCUGAAGUAGGAAGAAUCACCAUGAGUUCAAGCCUAGCCUUAGCUACAUAGUGAGUUUGAAGGCAGCCUAUAGACUGUCUCAAAACAAAACACAACCCUGUAAAUAAAGGAGUCAACAUGGUAAAAGGUGAUUGAGAAGAAGUUCAUGAGUAUGUGAGGAAGAUGGUACCUGAGGAACUGUGCCUUUCUGUGUAUAAUCUUCAAAGGAAACUGUAACUCUAACAGGCUAUAAAUAAAGAAUUCUGUGGAUGUGACCUAAGCGGCUUUAAGAGAGAAAGGAGAGGGGAAAUGGUGAUUUUGUAUGUGCAAGAAACUUCAUGAAACUUACUUAGUGGUGACUACAUUUGUGCAUGUAUAAAAAAUGUUAGGCCAAAGGAAAUAGUUCCUGUGAUAGCGGGAAUGUGCUUGUACAUUUGGUAAAACUGGCCUAGUGAAAGAAAAUACUGGUGAUAUUAACCAUGUGUCUGGCUGGCUGGCUGGCUGACUGACUGACUGACUGUGACUGUGACUGUUAGUAGGAGACUAAUGAGGCUGGGGAUCAGUGGCAGAGACAAGGAUACCCUGAGUAAAUGACAGUGGCUGGAGGUUACAUAUUCAAACAUAUAAA